UACAAAGCAGAAACCAAGCAACCAAAUUGCUUCACAUAGUGUGCCCGGGCAAUCUUUGUUUACUUUGGGCUGUCAUGGAUUAAAAAUCGGGAAAAAGACAUAAAAGACUGAGCUUGUAAGAGGUUAUACUACACAGUAGGUAAUCAAGUGUUGUUUAUGUUUUGGCAGGAAAUUACCUCCACACUCAGAACAGUGUUAAAAUCUAUGGUGGAUCUGUUAUAUAACUGUAAAAUUGAAUGUAAUGCCAAUUUGUCCUCAGGGUGGCGCCAGGUACAAGGUUUACCACCUUGCAUGUUCAUACAAAAGCCUAUCUUGUAACAGAACCGGUUGGGUCACAGUCACUGUAAACCACCACGUGCUGGUGUCAACAGCAUGAUCGUCUCCCACACUCUCUCAAAACCACAGAGACCGCAAACCAGAUUGAAUUUUACAUUAAGCUAACUGAUGAUGGAUCUAUACGGCAGAGGAGAGCUGGGGCUGCUGGGUGGAGGGGAGAGCCUGAGAGAUGACAUGGGCGGAUCUGGGAUCAGCUGGUCGGCUAAUCGACUGUCAGAGGACAUGUACCCAUCAUCAGGAUUGGCCUUGGCCGCAGCCUAUCAUGACAUUAAGACCCGGCUGGCCAGUCUGGAGAGGGAGAACAGCAGCAUCAAGAGGAAGCUCAAACACUAUGAGUUUCCCAUGAUCAGUGAAUUUGGAGAGGAGAGGAUAGUGUGUUAUUCUCGUGAGCCCAUCAUCAAGGAUGCCAGUGACAUUCAAUCAGAGACCACUAACCUACAACAGAGGAUCAACUCUCUCACUCAGGAGCUUCAGAAGAGUAAGGACAGAGAGGAGAGGCUGGAGGAAGUCAUCCAGGCAUAUGAGAAGAUUCACUUGGAGAAGAGCAAUGUCCAGAGAGACCUAGACAAAAUGACGACUCUAGCGGAGCAGCAUGUAGAGCGGAUCUGCAGCUUGGAGUCGGCUCUUAGACAGAGACAGACGUCCCUUCAGAAACUCGGCACUCAAAUCCGCAGCAAAGAGGCACGUCAGUCUCAACUCCACGCCAGCCUGGGUGUACCCAGAGAGGGCCGCGGGCCGACGCUGCAGAGCUCCCGCAGUCUGGACGCCCUCUCCGACCUGAAACUGCAGCGACUGGAGGCAGAGCUGGAUGGAGCACGGCACCAUGCCGAGGGAGCCUGUCAGAGGGAGAAGGGGCUGAGGGUUGAGCUUCAGAGGCUGCAGCAGGAGGCAUCUCAGCUGCAGGAAGCACAAAGACAGUCACAGGAGUUGGCCCCACACUGUGAGCACUGUGACGUAGAAUGGAUAAAGAAAGCUGGAGAUGAACAGGUGAACCUGGCGUUAGCCUACACUGAGCUAACAGAGGAGUUGGGUCGGGUUCGCAGUCUGGCUGCAAAACAGAGUGACCUGCUACGACACGUCUCCCAGGAGCCUGGCUCUCGUCCUCCUGCAACUCCGCAGCGUCUCUCCCCCACCUCCCCCCAGCGCCCCUCACUCUCCCCUGAAAGGCGUCUGCCCACCCCCUCUCCUCCACUCUCCCUAUGCGACAGCCCUGCCUCUCACUUUCAGCAGCCAACCAGCAGCCGCCUACGAGCAAAGUUCCAAGGUCGCCGCAGUUACUCGGAGGUGUCCGACCCGUCAGCCAUCCACAGGCCCUCAGCACGCUUGAUGAGGGACCCGGUGUCCACUCUCCCCAAGCCCAGGCCACUGCUGGGCGAGACACGAGGCUACAGCCAAAACAAACAUCAACUCCGCACCGCCUUGUUGGGCCUCGUCAGACCAGCCUCAGCUCAUGGAGGGGAGAGGGGGGGAGGAGGGGGAGGAGGAGAGAGAGGUGGGGGCAGCAGUUUGACCAGCAGUCCUCAUCACUGUGCACUGGACCUGGGAUUUCCAAGGGCUGCUGAGGGUCAUCACUUCUGUCGCCUUGAUGACCCACCUGAACCCACCCCACUGGUGACACCUCCACAGUCGUCUGAUGAUGAAGAGGAUGUUUGUGCAUAUCUGUCGCCGGCUUCCAGCCCACCUCGGACUCUUGGGAUUCUCUCAUCAUCACCAAGAGAACAGCCCCUACACCCCUCGUUCCCGUCUCCAAGGAAACAGCCCCACCAUCCCUCCUUCUCUGCCCCCGAGGGCCCUGCCACCCUCUCCUGCCAUCUGCCUCCCUACAUGAACACAGAUCAUGCUCAGUCAUGGCCUUCUAUUAACCUCUGGAUGGAGUCGGAGGAGAGCGCGGUUCGCAGCUGCCCUUUGUGUCAGCUGACCUUCCCGACUGGCUACCCUGAUGACGCCCUCAUAAAACACAUCGACUCACACUUGGAGAACAGCAAGAUCUGACUUGUUUUU